AAAAUAUAUGAAUAAAAUAUGCAUAACUAGUAAAUUAAUAAAUGUGCUUCUUCAGUUUCAGACUAUGAUGUUAAAGCAGGGAAAGUUGAAAACCUGUUUGGACAAUUUGCACUAUGGAUGGGUCGUGGUUCUUGCAGCUGCUGCAAUCAGGGUCUUAGUGUAUGGAAUCUCCUACACUUCUGGUGUAGUCUACGUUGUCAUUCUUGAGAAUUUUAAGACCGGGGCAGCAGAGACGUCAUGGAUUUCGUCAUUGGUAACUGCAAUGACCUUCCUUAUUACACCUCUAGCGGGCGUUUUGGUCAAUAAAUUCGGAUGGCGAGUGGUGACUUUUUGUGGGGGACUACUGACCUGUGCAGGCCUCCUUCUGAGUUCUCUAUCAACAAAUCUCGUCCUACUUUAUUUGUUUUAUGGAGUAAUCACAGGCGCAGGUUGUGGACUUGCCUAUAUGAGUGGGAGUGUUGCUGUACCGAAGUAUUUCCAGCAUAGGAAGAUACAAAACCUUGCCGUCGGUGUGGCAUCGGCCGGUGGCGGAGUCGGUGCCUUUAUUUUCCCGCCAGUACUUCGAUUUCUUGAGAACGAGUAUGGCUGGAAGGGAAUGUUUAUGAUGAUGGGAGGACUUUCUCUUAAUAUGUGUGUUUUUGGACUUCUUUAUCGCCCUCUUCCAAACACAGAUGAAAACGGAAAUCCAACUAAAAAGAAGGGGCGACAUGCGUCAUCACAUGUGCCUGAACCAAAUGACUGGACAUUUCUCAAAAGUUUAGUUUUCCACUUCGUUUCAAUGAAUAAUUUUCUCUUUGCCUUUGGUUCUUCAAUAAUAUAUGGACAUCUAGCAGCAUACGCGCAGUUUCAUUUGGAAAUAAGCAAAAAUGAUGCUGCAUUUUUGUAUUCAGUCAUUGGAAUCUCCAUUACCAUUGCCAAAAUAUCUCAGGGACUCAUUGCAGACUUUCACAAAGUCCACCCUAUCUUCAAGGCCAUAAAUCAGUACAUUAUCUUUUAUUUGAUCGGUGGUCUGUCGACAUUACUCUUGCUGGUGGACACUGGCUAUGGCGGUCUUGUGGUUUACUCUAUUUUGUUUGGGGCAAGCAUGGCCGCCAAUGGAGGAUCCUUAAUUCCGGCAAUACUGAUGGAAAUGUUUGGGCAAAAUAAACUUUCCCUUCCAUAUGCAGUAGUUAUAGCUAAAAUGUCAAUUGGCCAAAUUCUUGGAGCUCCUGUGGCAGGUUGGAUGUACGAGAACAUCAAGAAUUACCACUAUCCAUUUAUCUUAGCAUCUGCAUCUAUGACAGCCAGUGCAAUCAUCAUGGUCUAUCCACGCCGAUAUCUGAUGAGUCCACAUGAAGACAGAAACACAGUCGAAAUGGACAUAAAACCUGGGUGAAAAGGCCAGUUUCCCCCAAACUGAAACUAUAUGGAUACCUUGCUUAAACUUG